AUGGGUAAGCCAAAAGUAUUAGUCAUUGGAUCGGGUGGGGUAGGUACCAUCUCCGCAGUAUCAUUAAAACACAACAAUCAAUCUGAAGUCACAUUAGUUGUUCGUUCUGAUUACAAUUUGAUCAAUAAUCAAGGAUACUCGAUCAACUCAUGCACUUAUGGGAAACUAACCAAUUGGCAACCCCAUCAUCUUGCCAAAUCGGUUGAGGAUGCUGUUGAGAGAUUUGGACCGUUUGACUACGUGCUAUUGACGACGAAAAACAUUCCUGAUGGGCCAGUUACGUGUGAAGAUAUCAUUGCACCGGCAAUCAAGUCUGGUGAUGAAGUCAUUAUAUUAUUGCAAAAUGGAAUUAGUAUUGAAAAGACUAUGUUGGAAAGAUUCCCUGGCCAUUUGAUUCUUAGUGGUGUUUCAUUGAUUGCUAGUACUUAUCAACAAGGUCAUGUUGAGAAUAAAGGUCCUGAUAUUGUGUUUCUUGGGGAUUUUGUUAAACCUAGUAAACAUCCUUUGUCGAAGGAGAAGAUUGAUGAAUUUAUUUCCAUUUAUCAUAAUCCCGAUUUCAACCAAAUCACAAUUGAUGAAGAUGUCCAAAAGACAAGAUGGGAGAAGUUGAUUUAUAACUCAACGUUUAAUACCAUAACCGCAUUGGUCAAUUUAGAUGCCACGAGGUUGCAAAUCAACAAUGCCAACGAAGAAUUAUUACGUCCAGCAAUGAUGGAAGUUAUUGCCAUUGCCAAGAGUGUUGGCGUUGAAUGUGACACUUCUCGAGUGGAAUUGAUGAUUCACAUAGGCGAUGGUUUAUUUUACGCUCCGUCGAUGUGUGUCGAUAUGAGAAAGAAACAAUUGAUGGAAUUGGAAAUCAUUUUGGGUAAUCCAAUUAGAAUUGCAAAGGAGAACGGUGUAUCAACUCCAGUUUUAUCAGUUAUUUAUUCAUUAUUGAAGAUGGUUCAAUUUAGAUUGAAGGAAGAACGCAAGAUGUUUGUUAUUAAUGAAGAUGACUUCCAGGGCAACUCUGAUAAAUAUCCCGCAGUUUUUGAAGAGAAAUAUACUCAUUGA